AGUGUUUUCACUUUUUUUUGCCUCGCACUUCAUUCUGAUUUCCGUUUUACUUGUCUUUUUUCUCUACUCUUUUCUUCGUGUGAACACAACGAGAGCAAAACCUCCUUUGCCUCUGACAGCAUUUGCAAGAACUCACACACACCAAAAAGGCAAACUUCACAGAGGAUCCACCACUGCAAAGAUGACGGACGAAGCUUUUAAAAAUGUGCUCACCGACCUUUCGAAGAAAGGGAUCGCGCAUGUCGACUGCUCGGGGCUCGAGUUAAAUGACGACCAACUCGAUCUUCUUCUCACGGCCAUGGAGCACGCUCCUCUUUCCACAAAAACACUGAACCUUUCGAGAAAUUGUAUUACAUCCGCUGGUGUGCCGUUUUUGUUGCGGUACUUGGAAUACCGUCAAGUGGAUGAACUCGUGCUACGCGAUAACCAAAUUGGAGAGGCCGCUGCCCUUUCUUUUUUGACUAUUUUUAAUACAGAGAGAGAAAUCAAGCUGCUGGAUCUGCACAACAACGAAUGCACGGAGAUGACCGCAUCUCGAUUGUUGUAUCUCAGCAGAAGUGAGAAAUAUGCACCCGAAAUUCGUCAGGCACUUAUUACAGGACAGGUGUCAGCUAUUUCGUUUUCGGGUCUUCAGUACGUGGAUUUGGAUCAUGAUCUUUUGCAGUACCUUUUGGUUGAGACGGAGGGUCUGCAGUCGGUCGAUUUUUCUGGCAUCGAUAUAAGCGGCGCAGUUGUCACGGUUAUUGGCGGCGUUCUCAAGGACAGUAAAUUAUCUGCGCUUUGUCUUCGCGAAUGCAUGCUGACAAACGAAGCAGUGAUGAAACUUAUUGAGUCGGCGGAUCUCCCCAAUCACGAACACCUCAAGAGUCUCGAUUUAAGCGGCAACAUGAAUCUCACAAAUGAUCUUGUGCGGAAACUUAUCGCGGAACUUUUCGACAAAAGCAGCCACAUUACUGUGUGCGAUGUAUCCAGCACAUCGAUCACCACGCUGUAUCGGAAUCAGAUCCAGAAGGAGUGCGAACUGAGCAAAGAACCCACAGCAAUCAAAAACGCUGUUGUGCAACUGCGAAACAAUGCGCCCUCGGCCGUGAAUAUCAAUUUGCAAUGGGACGGUCCGCUGCCAACGUGCAUGAACUACCUUGCCGAGCCACUUGCACAAAGUUCCAUCGUGGAGCGCCUAAAUAUCAGCAACUCACUUGUUGACGACGCGGCUCUGAAGUUGCUGGCACAAUCGCUGCAGCGAAAUACCUCCCUCAAGACGCUUGAGCUCGCAAACUGCAACUUCACCGCUGUAGGAAUAAAGGCAAUCUUCGAGGUCCUUAUGCGCGGCAAAUGCGGCGUGCAGGAGGUGAACAUCGCGAACAACAAUCUCGGUGAAGACGCGGUCCAGUAUAUUGUGGCUGCUCUGCAGGCAAAUCCGAAACUGACCAUCAUGAACGUCGAUGUGAACCCUUCCAUCUCAGAAAAUUCUGCGCAGGCGAUUUCUGGCCUCACCUUGGUAAAUCGGGCGCCUCCACAAAUCCGUUCAAUUCUCCCUUCUCUUGAGAACAACGCGCGGGAGGUGACCGCAAUCGAUUUUUCUCCAAACACAGUUGCCGUCAACGACGAUUCAGUGUGGCUGCUGUCGCAGGCCCUUCGCACGAACACAGUUGUGCGCUCGCUGAACCUCUCACACAACUCCAUUGGCGAUAGAGGCGCAACGUAUCUUGCGGCGUUGUUCCGAGAAAACUCUUCUGUGGCCUCUUUGGAUCUGUCCAGCAAUUCAAUUGGAAAUCGUGGCGCGCAAGCUCUUUGUGACUGCUUUUAUGCCAACCGUGGUUUGCAAGUUGUGAAUUUGUCGAACAACGUGAUGGAUAUGGAAGGCGUAAAUAGCCUUACAGAUGUAUUGAGGAAAAACCACAAACUGCGCGAAAUCAACAUGGCAAAAACACGCGUUCCAGAGGAGUUUUCAACUGCGGUGCAGACGGCGUGCGCUUUGAACCGCGAAUGCCCUGCGGUGAAGAACGCGUACUACUCACUUUGCGACAAUGACACUUCGCUGUCUCAAUUGCAUUUGCACAACCUCACGGAUGAGCGCGCGAUUGACGACGAAAGCAUGCGUUCCAUCUGCUCAGCACUGCAUUCCAAGGCUUUUGUGUAUGAACUCGAUGUGAGCGGCAACAAAAUUGGUGCAGCUGGUUGCGCUCAACUGGCAUCGGUUUUAUCCGCGGAAGCGUGCAGGAUUAUGAGAUUAAACCUGUCCAACAACCCGAUCGACGACGUCGCCGCAGCCGAAUUAGCGAAAUGCUUUUCGAACAAUACGACACUCACCAACAUCGACUUGCGUCAAACAAACAUUACGGACGCGGGAGCAGCGGUGCUGGCGAAAGGCGUUGAACUCAACUCUACGCUGUUUGAUGUGAACAUCUCCGAACACGUGCAAGGUAAAGGAUGCACUUUGCUGAGUCGCAACCUGGCUCUCAAUUGUGGUCCCAAGAUACUCAAGGAAACGGUUCUGGCUCUGGACGCCGGUGCUGUGAUGGAAGACAUCGAGCUGAGCCAGCUGGCUGAUGGACCAAUCAAUGACGCGAUGUUUCAAUUGUUGUGCCCCAGUUUGAUAUCGAAUAAGCAAGUGCGAAUACUGAAUCUGUCGUACAACAGUAUUACCACGGCGUCCAUUCCUUACGUUAUCGAGGUGGUGGAGUUGUGCCCAACUCUUUCUCAUCUGGAUCUCUCUCACAACAAAAUUGACGAACGCGGCGCAAAAGAACUCGUUUCGUGUGCGGAGCGUGUGACCCAUCUUCGAAACGUUCUGCUAACAGGCAAUGGAAUCACGAAAGAAACUCACGACCGCGUUAUGCAACUCGUCGCGAUGAACCUUGGCUCGGAGAAGCUGAAGCUGCUUGUUCUCUCCAGCGAACGUGGCGAGCUGCUGGAUGAGGAAAUCGAUCUCAAUGGGCGCUCUACUGAGCAUCAACUGACAGAUGAAGAGAUCAUCGUGCUCGCGGGGGUUUUGCGACAACGCAGCGAGGUGAAGUCGUUGGAUCUCGGCAACAACCUUUUUUCAGAUGCAGGUUGCAUAGCCAUUGCGGAAGUGUUGCGAGUAAACCACACCCUCGAAGCAUUAAACCUUGCUGGCAACAACAUUGGGGCCGACGGAGGCGAGGCGCUGUAUUUGGCGCUGAAAAUCAAUCCACAACUGCAGUGUCUGAAUCUGGAUCGAACGACAAUACCUCGCGAAAUUGUCGAGGACAUUGACAGUCUUCUGCACGUAAAUCAAACAGUGUACAGAACGAAGGUCGACAUGCAAAGCGCGAAGCUGGAGGAGAUUUCUGACGAAACACAAUUUCGAUCCACGGACUAUCACGCCGCACAGACCGCUGUUGUGGGAAGAGAGGCACUUGACAGCUGCAGGCGGGCCGAUGCUCUUUUGUUGGAAUAG